AUGCGACCCAAACCCGUGGUGGGCCUGGGCGGCUCCUGGUUACUUGUUUUUCUUCUGAUCGCUGCCCUCAGCAUCUUGGCAUGGCGUCGCUACCUCUCACCACUCGCUGACAUACCCGGCCCCUUCCUCGCCUCCUUCAGCCGCUGGUGGCACAUCCGCCGCAUCCUGGUUGGUGACCAGAACGUCCAACUCGUUCGGUUACACGAGAAGCACGGCCACUUUGUGCGCAUUGCCCAGAAUGAGAUCAGCGUCAGUCAUCCGGACGGCAUCAAGCAGAUUCUGCUCCAGCCGCUGUGGAAGGCCAAAUGGUAUGAGCUGCUGCAGCUGCCCGACUACCGGUACAAGCCGCCAAUGGCGACGCUCGACCCCAAGAAGAAGGUCGAGAAGUCGAGAAACCUGGCGCCCGGCUACGCACUCUCCAACGUGAUCAAGUCGGAAGACGCCAUCAGCCGCACCAUCGAGAUGCUGCUCGACUGGAUGGACAAGUGCGCCGAGAAGCGCGAGCCCAUGCACAUCGACAAGUUCUUCACCUACACGGCCUUUGACAUCGUGGGUGAGGUCGUCUUCUCCAAGCAGUUCGGCUUCCUGCGGGAAGGCAUCGACAUCGGCAACUCGAUCGCCAACCCGCUCGCGCUGAACGCCUACGCCGCCGUCGGUGGUUUCUUCCAGCCGUUGAACCUGAUCGUCGCCAACCCCUUCGUCACCUGGCUGCAGGUCAUGCCCAUGGGCCACCUCUUCAACACCACCAUGAAGGCCAUCAACGAGCGCGAGCGCAACCAGGACGCCCGGUUCGACCUCAUCGCCCACUGGUUUAAGAUGCUGGAGCAGCACCCGGAGCGCAUGACGCUGCGCGACAUCCACGCCCAGGCCACCACCAGCGUCGGCGCCGGCGCCGACACGGUGUCGUGCGCCCUGCAGUCCUUCAUCUACCACAUGAUACGCCACCCGACCGCCUGGGCCCGCGCGCGCGACGAGAUCGACACCGCCCGCCGCGAGCGCGGCCUCUGCACCGACCGCGUCGUCUCCUUCGACCACGCCCAGCAGCUGCCCUACCUGCAGUCCUGCAUCAAGGAGGCCAUGCGCGUCUUCGGACCCGUCCCAAUGGGCCUGCCUCGCGUCGUCCCCAAGGGCGGCCUCACCAUCGGCAACCGAACCUUCCCCGCCGGCACCGUCCUGUCCAUCAACCCCUGGGUCAUGCACCACUCCAAGGAGAUCUGGGGCCCCGAUGCCCACGAGUUCAAUCCCGACCGCUGGCUGAGCGACUCCAUCGCCUCCAAGGAGAAGUACUGGAUUCCGUUCGGCGCAGGAUGCAACUCGUGCCCCGGCCGAAAUAUCGCCAAGAUGGAGAUAUCCAAGAUCCUCGCCACCAUUGUUCGCGACUACGACAUCCGCCAGGUCGACAAGAACCAGGAGUGGAAGUACAAGGCCUAUUUCACCGUCGUGCCCCAUUCUUGGCCUUGCUACAUCGACAAGCGGCGAGACUAA